CGCCCACCUCCCGGGGAAGGAACGGCGAGGCCCGGAGCCGUCUCCGCGAUGGAGCGCGGGGCCGCGGCGGCGGCAUGGAUGCUGCUGCUGGCGAUCGCUGCCUGCCUGGGGCCAGUCAGUGGCCAAGAAUGUGGCAGUGGGAAUUUCCGCUGUGACAAUGGAUACUGUAUCCCUGCAUCCUGGAGGUGUGAUGGGACCAGAGACUGUUUGGAUGACACCGAUGAAAUUGGCUGUCCUCCCAGGUCCUGCGGAUCGGGCUUCUUCCUGUGUCCUGCUGAGGGGACCUGCAUCCCUAGCUCCUGGGUGUGUGACCAGGAUAAGGAUUGUUCCGACGGCGCCGACGAACAGCAAAAUUGCGCUGGGACCACGUGCUCAAGUCAGCAGCUGACGUGCUCCAAUGGUCAGUGUGUUCCAAUCAAAUACAGGUGUGACCAUGUCAGCGACUGCUCUGAUGGCUCUGACGAGAGAAACUGCCAUUAUCCAACAUGUGAUCAACUUACUUGUGCCAACGGAGCCUGCUAUAACACGAGUCAGAAGUGUGACCACAAAGCUGACUGCAGGGACUCCUCUGACGAAGCCAACUGCACUUCGGUGUGUUCGCAAAAAGAAUUCAAAUGUGGCAGUGGAGAGUGUAUCCUUCGUGCCUAUGUCUGUGACCACGACAAUGACUGUGAAGACAACAGCGACGAGCGCAAUUGCAACUAUGACACUUGCGGUGGUCACCAGUUCACUUGCUCCAAUGGCCAGUGCAUUAACCAGAACUGGGUUUGUGAUGGAGAUGAUGAUUGCCAGGAUUCUGGUGAUGAGGACGGAUGUGAAAGUAACCAACGUCAUCAUAAGUGUUACCCAAGAGAAUGGGCUUGUCCUGGGUCUGGUCGAUGCAUCUCAAUUGAUAAAGUUUGUGAUGGAGUUCCUGACUGUCCAGAAGGAGAAGAUGAGAACAACGCCACAAGUGGAAGAUACUGUGGUACUGGUGUCUGCUCUAUCUUAAACUGUGAGUACCAAUGCCAUCAAACGCCAUUUGGAGGAGAAUGCUUCUGCCCCCCAAGUCAUAUUAUCAACAGCAAUGACAGCCGCACUUGCAUUGGUUUUGACGACUGCCAGAUAUGGGGGAUUUGCGACCAGAAGUGUGAAAAUCGACAGGGCCGGCACCAGUGCCUCUGUGAAGAAGGGUAUAUUCUGGAGCGCGGGCAGCAUUGCAAAUCCAACGACUCCUUCAGUUCGGCCUCCAUUAUCUUCUCCGAUGGUCGGGAUUUGCUAGUUGGAGAUCUUCAUGGAAGAAACUUCCGGAUUCUAGCAGAGUCUAAGAACCGUGGAAUGGUUAUGGGGGUGGACUUUCACUAUCAGAAGCAAAGAGUUUUUUGGACAGACCCCAUGCAGGAGAAGGUUUUUUCCACUGACAUUAAUGGCUUAGAUACCCAAGAAAUUCUUAAUGUUUCUGUUGACACUCCAGAAAAUCUGGCUGUGGAUUGGAUUAAUAAUAAACUUUAUCUGGUAGAGACAAAAGUCAACCGCAUUGAUGUGGUCAACUUGGAGGGAAGUCAGCGUGUUACUCUCAUAACUGAAAACUUGGGGCAUCCUAGAGGAAUUGCCCUUGAUCCAACCGUGGGCUAUUUGUUUUUCUCAGACUGGGGAAGCCUCUCUGGGCAACCCAAGGUGGAGAGAGCCUUCAUGGAUGGUAGCAAUCGAAAAGACCUGGUAACGACCAAAGUGGGGUGGCCUGCUGGGAUCACUCUGGAUCUGGUGUCCAAGCGAGUUUACUGGGUGGACUCUCGUUAUGACUACAUUGAAACUGUAACAUAUGAUGGAAUUCAAAGGAAGACGGUAGUUCGUGGAGGCUCCCUCAUCCCUCAUCCCUUUGGGAUAAGCUUAUUUGAGGAACAUGUGUUCUUUACUGAUUGGACAAAGAUGGCUGUGAUGAAAGCGAACAAGUUCACAGAGACCAACCCUCAAGUGUACCACCAGUCUUCCCUGAGGCCUCAUGGAGUGACAGUUUACCACGCCCUCCGGCAGCCCAAUGCCACCAAUCCGUGCGGAAGCAACAAUGGGGCCUGUGCGCAGAUCUGCGUCCUCAGUCACAGGACGGAUAACGGUGGCCUGGGCUACCGAUGCAAGUGUGAAUUCGGCUUUGAACUGGAUGCAGAUGAGCACCACUGUGUUGCUGUGAAGAACUUCCUGCUCUUCUCAUCGCAAACGGCUGUGCGUGGGAUCCCUUUCACCCUCUCCACCCAGGAAGACGUCAUGGUCCCUGUCACAGGGAGUCCUUCCUUCUUUGUUGGAAUUGAUUUUGAUGCUCAGCACAGUACCAUCUUCUACUCAGAUUUGUCGAAAGACAUAAUUUACAAACAAAAAAUUGACGGCACAGGAAAAGAAGUCCUCACAGCAAACAGGUUGCAAAAUGUUGAGUGCUUGACUUUUGACUGGAUCUCAAGGAAUCUCUACUGGACAGAUGGAGGGCUAAAGAGUGUCACUGUCCUGAGGCUGGCCGAUAAGUCCCGACGACAGAUAGUCAGCAACUUAAACAACCCUCGCUCCAUUGUGGUGCAUCCCACUGCUGGGUAUAUGUUCCUGAGUGAUUGGUUCCGUCCUGCAAAAAUUAUGAGAGCAUGGAGUGAUGGAUCUCACUUAAUGCCCAUAGUCAACACUAGUCUGGGGUGGCCCAACGGCUUGGCCAUUGAUUGGAGUACUUCACGAUUGUACUGGGUAGAUGCCUUUUUUGAUAAGAUUGAGCACAGCAACCUUGAUGGUUUGGAUAGAAAAAGACUGGGCCACGUAGACCAGAUGACUCAUCCAUUUGGACUCACUGUUUUUAAAGAUUACGUGUACUUAACCGACUGGAGACUGGGUUCGAUUAUUCGAGUCAGGAAAUCAGACGGUGGUGACAUGACAGUUGUUCGAAGCGGCAUCAGCAGUAUAAUGCUCGUGAAAGCAUAUGAUGCUGACCUGCAGACCGGGUCUAACUACUGCAACCAGACCACCCAUCCCAACGGUGACUGCAGCCAUUUCUGCUUCCCCGUACCCAACUUCCAGCGGGUGUGUGGCUGCCCCUAUGGCAUGACGCUUCAGAGGGAUCAAAUGACUUGUGAGGGAGACCCAGCCCGAGAGCCACCCACACAGCAGUGUGGCUCCUACUCCUUUCCCUGCAACAAUGGCAAGUGUGUGCCGAGUUUCUUCCGCUGCGAUGGAGUGGAUGAUUGUCAUGACAACAGCGAUGAGCAUCAGUGUGGGGCCUUUAAUAACACUUGCUCGUCUUCGGCCUUCACGUGCGUCCACGGCGGACAGUGCAUCCCCGGCCCGUGGCGCUGUGACAAACAGAACGACUGUUUAGAUGGCAGUGAUGAGCAAAACUGCCCCACUCGUUCGACGACGACGACUUGCCCGUCCACCUCCUUCACCUGCGACAAUCACAUGUGCAUCCCAAAGGACUGGGUCUGUGACACCGACAAUGAUUGUUCGGAUGGAUCGGAUGAAAAGAACUGUCAAGCCUCAGGGACCUGCCAGCCUACGCAGUUUCGUUGUCCCGACCACCGGUGUAUCAGCCCGCUGUAUGUCUGUGACGGGGAUAAGGACUGUGCUGACGGAUCUGAUGAGGCGGGCUGUGUGUUAAACUGCACGAGCUCUCAGUUCAAAUGUGCGGACGGUAGCUCUUGCAUUAACAGCAGGUACCGCUGUGAUGGGGUGUAUGAUUGCAAGGACAACUCUGACGAGGCGGGCUGUCCAACCAGGCCUCCUGGUAUGUGCCACCCGGAUGAGUUUCAGUGCCAGGGAGAUGGUACGUGCAUCCCUAACACCUGGGAGUGUGAUGGGCAUCCAGACUGUAUCCAUGGAUCGGACGAACACAACGGCUGUGUGCCUAAGACCUGCUCUCCGUCUCAUUUUCUCUGUGACAAUGGAAACUGCAUCUACAAGGCGUGGGUCUGUGACGGGGACAAUGACUGCAGGGAUAUGAGUGACGAGAAGGACUGUCCUACCCAGCCUUUUCACUGUCCUAGCUCCCAGUGGCAGUGCCCAGGCUACAGCACCUGUAUCAAUCUGAGCGCCCUGUGUGACGGCGUCUUUGACUGUCCCAAUGGGACUGACGAGUCCCCUCUUUGCAAUCAAGACAGCUGCACACAUUUUAAUGGUGGCUGCACUCACCAGUGCAUGCAAGGGCCCUUCGGAGCCACCUGCCUAUGCCCACUAGGAUACCAACUUGCCAAUGAUACCAAGACCUGUGAAGAUGUAAAUGAGUGUGAUAUUCCAGGCUUUUGCAGCCAGCACUGUGUCAACAUGAGAGGUUCCUUCCGGUGCGCUUGUGAUCCAGAAUAUACAUUGGAAAGUGAUGGGCGGACUUGCAAAGUCACAGCAUCUGAAAAUCUGAUGUUAGUUGUAGCAAGUCGUGACAAAAUCAUUGUGGACAAUAUCACUGCCCACACGCACAACAUCUAUUCUCUGGUCCAGGAUGUUUCUUUUGUGGUUGCUCUUGAUUUUGAUUCAGUCACUGGUCGUGUCUUUUGGAGUGACUUAUUGCAGGGUAAAACCUGGAGUGUCUUUCAAAAUGGAACAGACAAGAGAGUGGUACAUGACAGUGGUCUCUCUGUGACAGAAAUGAUUGCAGUAGACUGGAUCGGUCGCAACCUUUACUGGACAGACUAUGCUCUUGAGACAAUCGAAGUCUCUAAGAUUGAUGGAAGUCACAGGACAGUACUGAUCAGCAAAAAUGUCACAAAACCUAGGGGACUCGCAUUAGAUCCCAGAAUGGGUGACAAUGUAAUGUUUUGGUCUGACUGGGGCCAUCACCCUCGCAUUGAGCGAGCCAGCAUGGACGGCACCAUGCGCACAGUCAUUGUCCAGGAAAAGAUCUACUGGCCCUGCGGCUUAAGUAUUGACUACCCUAACCGCCUCAUCUACUUCAUGGAUGCCUAUCUUGACUACAUUGAAUUUUGUGAUUAUGAUGGACAUAACCGAAGGCAGGUCAUUGCUAGUGAUUUGGUUCUCCACCACCCACACGCUCUCACUGUGUUUGAAGACACUGUGUACUGGACUGACCGUGAUACCCGUCAGGUUAUGCAGGCCAACAAGUGGCAUGGGAGGAACCGGUCUGUUGUAAUGUACAGCGUUCCCCAACCACUUGGAAUAGUCGCUAUUCAUCCUUCAAGGCAACCAUCUUCCCCGAAUCCAUGUGCCUCUGCCGCCUGCAGCCAUCUUUGCCUGCUUUCUGCACAGGCGCCUAGACAUUAUUCUUGUGCUUGUCCUUCAGGAUGGAACCUCUCUGAUGAUUCUGUCAACUGUGUGAGGGGCGACCAACCUUUCUUGAUGUCUGUAAGAGAAAAUGUAAUUUUUGGAAUCUCCCUCGAUCCUGAGGUGAAGAGCAACGAUGCCAUGGUCCCCAUAUCUGGGAUCCAGCAUGGUUAUGAUGUUGAAUUUGAUGAUUCAGAGCAGUUCAUCUAUUGGGUUGAGAACCCGGGCGAAAUUCACCGAGUGAAGACUGACGGUAGCAACAGGACAGUGUUUGCCCCUCUGUCUCUGCUGGGGUCAUCCUUGGGCCUGGCCUUGGACUGGGUAUCAAGAAACAUUUAUUAUACCACCCCCAGAAGUCGGUCCAUUGAGGUGUUGACACUCCGGGGAGACAUAAGGUAUGGAAAAACCCUGAUUACCAAUGACGGCACCUCGCUCGGCGUUGGUUUCCCGAUUGGCAUAGCUGUUGAUCCUGCACGUGGGAAAUUAUAUUGGUCAGAUCAAGGGACGAACAGUGGGGUUCCUGCCAAAAUCGCAAGUGCUAAUAUGGAUGGAACAUCUUUAAAAAUCCUCUUCACUGGGAACCUGCAGCAUCUGGAGGUUGUCACCCUUGACAUCCAGGAGCAGAAACUCUACUGGGCAGUCACCAGCAGAGGCGUGAUUGAAAGAGGAAAUGUGGACGGCACAGAGAGGAUGAUUCUGGUACACCACCUGGCCCACCCGUGGGGUCUGGCGGUCCACGGCUCCUUCCUUUAUUACUCUGAUGAACAGUAUGAGGUCAUUGAAAGAGUUGACAAGUCCUCUGGGAAUAACAAAGUAGUCUUCAGAGAUAACAUUCCAGACCUGAGGGGUCUUCGGGUUUACCACCGCCGCAAUGCUGCUGACUCUUCCAAUGGCUGUAGCAACAACCCAAAUGCUUGCCAACAGAUCUGCCUGCCUGUACCAGGUGGACUGUUCUCCUGUGCCUGUGCCAGUGGCUUUAAGCUCAGCCCCGACGGUCGCUCCUGCUCUCCAUAUAACUCUUUCUUGGUCGUCUCCAUGCUGCCUGCAGUUAGAGGCUUUAGCUUGGAGUUGUCUGAUCACUCAGAGGCCAUGGUGCCAGUGGCUGGCCAAGGGCGAAAUGUUCUGCAUGCAGAUGUGGAUGUUGCCAAUGGCUUUAUUUACUGGUGUGAUUUUAGCAGCUCUGUAAGAUCCUCUAAUGGAAUUCGUAGAAUCAAACCCAAUGGGUCUAAUUUUACCAACAUUGUUACCUACGGCAUUGGAGCAAAUGGAAUCCGGGGCAUUGCCGUGGAUUGGGUAGCAGGAAACCUUUAUUUUACCAAUGCCUUUGUGUCUGAAACACUGAUAGAAGUGAUACGGAUCAAUACCACAUACCGCCGUGUUCUUCUCAAAGUCUCAGUGGAUAUGCCCAGGCAUAUUGUUGUUGACCCCAAGCAUAGAUAUCUCUUCUGGGCCGACUAUGGGCAGAAGCCAAAGAUUGAACGCUCUUUUCUUGACUGUACCAAUAGAACUGUCCUUGUUUCCGAAGGCAUUGUCACCCCUCGGGGCUUGGCAGUGGACCAUGACACUGGCUAUAUUUAUUGGGUUGACGACUCCUUAGAUAUAAUUGCCAGGAUCCAUCUCGAUGGAGGAGAAUCUCAAGUGGUUCGUUACGGUAGUCGUUACCCCACUCCUUAUGGUGUCACUGUCUUUGGAGAGUCUAUCAUUUGGGUGGAUAGAAAUUUGAAAAAAGUCUUUCAAGCCAGCAAGCAACCAGGGAAUACAGACCCACCAACAGUGAUAAGAGAUAGUAUCAACUUGCUACGUGAUGUGACCAUCUUCGAUGAGCACGCCCAACCCCUCUCACCAGCAGAGCUUAACAAUAACCCUUGUUUGCAAAGCAAUGGCGGGUGUUCCCACUUUUGCUUUGCCUUACCCCAGUUGCCUACCCCCAAAUGUGGAUGUGCUUUUGGGACUCUGGAAGAUGAUGGCAGGAGCUGUGCUACUUCCCGAGAAGACUUCCUCAUCUAUUCCUUAAAUAAUUCCUUGAGAAGUUUACACUUUGACCCUCAAGACCAUAGCCUCCCUUUCCAAGUGAUAAACGUGGCAGGAACUGUCAUUGCACUGGACUAUGACCGUGGAAAUAAUAGGAUCUUCUUCACACAAAAGUUAAACUCUGUCCGUGGCCAGAUUUCCUAUGUCAACCUGUAUUCAGGAACCCGCUCACCAACUGUCCUGCUGUCAGACGUAGGAGUUGUUGAUGGCAUAGCCUUUGACUGGAUAAAUAGAAGAAUUUAUUACAGUGACUUUUCAAAUCAGACAAUAAGUUCCAUGGCUGAAGAUGGAUCUAAUCGCGCUGUGAUUGCCCGUGUUUCCAAACCAAGAGCUAUUGUGUUAGAUCCUUGCCGAGGGUAUAUGUAUUGGACUGACUGGGGUACCAAUGCCAAAAUUGAGAGAGCCACACUGGGAGGAAACUUCCGGGUCCCCAUUGUGAACACCAGCCUGGUUUGGCCCAACGGACUCACUUUGGACCUUGAGACUGACCUUCUCUACUGGGCAGAUGCUAGCCUGCAGAAAAUAGAACGCAGUUCUCUCACGGGCUCGAACCGAGAAGUCGUCAGCACCGCCUUCCAUCCCUUCGGCCUGACUGUCUAUGGCCAGUACAUUUACUGGACAGACUUGUACACCAGAAAAAUCUACCGUGCUAACAAGUACGAUGGGUCAGAUCUGAUGGCACUGACCACUCGUAUGCCCACCCAGCCUAGUGGUAUUUCCACAGUUGUCAAAACCCAGCAGCAGCAGUGUAGCAACCCUUGUGACCAGUUCAAUGGAGGAUGCAGUCAUAUCUGUGCUCUAGGUCCAAACGGAGCUGAGUGUCAGUGCCCACACGAGGGCAGCUGGUAUCUGGCCAAUGAUAACAAGUACUGUGUGGUGGACACAGGCACCCGCUGUAAUCAGUUCCAGUUCACCUGCCUUAAUGGGCGUUGUAUCACUCAAGAUUGGAAAUGUGACAAUGACAAUGACUGUGGUGAUGGCAGUGAUGAGCUGCCCACAGUCUGUGCCUUUCACACAUGCCGAUCAACAGCCUUCACUUGUGCCAAUGGGCGGUGUGUGCCAUAUCACUAUCGCUGUGAUUACUACAAUGACUGCGGGGACAACAGCGACGAGGCAGGAUGCCUGUUCAGGAACUGCAACAGCACCACAGAGUUCACUUGCAGCAACGGGAGGUGCAUCCCUCUCAGCUACGUCUGCAAUGGCAUGAACAAUUGCCAUGAUAAUGACACCUCAGAUGAGAAAAACUGCCCUCCCCACACUUGCCGGCCAGAUUUUACGAAAUGCCAGACUACAAAUAUUUGUGUUCCCCGAGCUUUCUUGUGUGAUGGUGACAAUGACUGUGGAGACGGGAGCGACGAGAACCCCAUUUACUGCGCCUCACACACAUGCCGCAGCAAUGAGUUCCAGUGCAUCUCCCCUCAGCGGUGUAUUCCAAACUAUUGGUUCUGUGACGGUGAGGCCGACUGUGCGGACAGCUCCGAUGAACCUGAUACUUGUGGGCAUUCUGUGAUCAGCUGCGCAGCCAGUCAGUUCCGGUGUGAUAACGGCAGGUGCAUCUCAAACAGUUGGGUCUGUGAUGGUGAUAAUGACUGCGGAGACAUGAGUGACGAAGAUCAGCGCCAUCACUGUGAGCUUCGGAACUGUUCCAGCACUCAGUUUACCUGUAUAAAUAGCAGACCUCCAAGCAGGAGGUGCAUUCCACAACACUGGGUCUGUGACGGUGAUGCGGACUGCUCAGACGCCCUCGAUGAACUGCAGAACUGCACUGUGAGAACUUGCUCUGCAGGAGAGUUCAGCUGUGCAAACGGACGGUGUAUCAGGCAAUCAUUCAGGUGUGAUCGGCGCAAUGACUGUGGGGACUACAGUGACGAGAGGGGCUGCUCAUACCCACCCUGCCGCGCAGAUCAAUUUACCUGUCAGAAUGGGCGAUGUAUCACUAGGUUCUUUGUCUGCGAUGAGGACAAUGACUGUGGAGAUGGGUCGGAUGAGCAGGAGCACCUAUGUCACACCCCAGAACCCACAUGCCCCCCUCAUCAGUUCCGGUGUGACAACGGGCACUGCAUUGAGAUGGGGAAAGUCUGUAACCAUGUGGAUGACUGCUCAGACAACAGUGACGAGAAAGGCUGUGGCAUUAAUGAGUGCCAGGAUUCUUCAAUCAGUCGCUGUGACCACAACUGUACAGACACCAUUACCAGUUUCUAUUGUUCCUGUCUUCCUGGGUACAAGCUCAUGUCUGACAAACGUACUUGUGUGGAUAUUGAUGAGUGCAAGGAGUCACCCCAGCUCUGUAGCCAGAAGUGUGAAAAUGUGGUAGGCUCCUAUAUUUGUAAGUGUGCCCCUGGCUACAUUCGUGAGCCAGAUGGGAAGAGCUGCCGGCAGAAUAGCAACAUCGAGCCGUAUCUCAUCUUCAGCAACCGUUACUAUAUAAGAAACCUAACUACAGAUGGCACGUCGUACUCCCUGAUUUUGCAAGGAUUGGGCAACGUUGUGGCCCUGGACUUUGAUAGGGUAGAGAAGAGGCUGUAUUGGAUUGAUGCAGAGAAGCAAAUCAUUGAGAGGAUGUUUUUGAAUAAGACAAACCGGGAGACCAUCAUAAGCCACAGGCUAAGACAUGCUGAAAGUCUGGCUGUAGACUGGGUCAGCAGAAAACUCUAUUGGUUGGAUGCCGUCCUAGAUUGCCUGUUUGUCUCUGACCUUGAAGGUCGACAGCGCAAGAUGCUAGCCCAGCACUGUGUGGAUGCAAACAAUACCUUCUGCUUUAAAAAUCCCAGAGGAAUUGUCCUUCAUCCUCAAAGAGGGCAUGUCUACUGGGCAGAUUGGGGUGCCCAAGCAUACAUUGCGAGAAUUGGCAUGGAUGGAACCAAUAAGUCUGUGAUUAUCUCUACCAAGAUUGAGUGGCCCAAUGCCAUCACCAUUGACUACACCAACGACCUCUUGUACUGGGCAGAUGCUCACCUAGGUUACAUUGAGUUCUCUGAUUUGGAGGGUCACCAUCGACACACAGUGUAUGAUGGAACACUGCCUCACCCCUUUGCUCUUACCAUUUUUGAAGACACUGUGUUUUGGACAGAUUGGAAUACACGGACGAUUGAAAAGGGAAACAAAUAUGAUGGAUCAGGUCGAGUUGUGCUGGCGAACACAACGCACAAGCCUUUUGACAUCCAUGUGUACCAUCCAUACCGGCAGCCGAUUAUGAGCAAUCCCUGUGGUAACAACAAUGGUGGCUGUUCUCAUCUGUGCCUCAUCAAAGCAGGAGGGAGAGGAUUCACCUGCGAGUGUCCUGAUGACUUCCAAACUGUUCAUCUUCGGGACAGAACACUUUGCAUGCCCAUGUGCUCCAGCACUCAGUUCCUGUGUGGCAACAAUGAGAAAUGUAUCCCCAUAUGGUGGAAAUGUGAUGGACAGAAAGACUGCUCUGAUGGUUCUGAUGAACUGACCCAGUGUCCACACCGCUUCUGCCGUCUGGGACAGUUCCAGUGCCGGGACGGCAACUGCACGAGCCCCCAGGCUCUAUGCAACGCUCGCCAGGAUUGCGCUGAUGGCUCUGAUGAAGACCGUGUUCUCUGUGAGCAUCACCGGUGUGAGUCCAAUGAGUGGCAGUGUGCCAACAAGCGCUGCAUCCCAGAGUCCUGGCAGUGUGACUCCGUGGACGACUGCCUGGAUAACUCAGAUGAGAAUCCUUCACACUGUGCCAGUCGGACCUGCCGGCCCGGCCAGUUCAAGUGUAACAACGGUCGCUGCAUUCCGCAGAGCUGGAAGUGUGACGUAGACAACGACUGUGGCGACUAUUCCGAUGAACCCAUCCACGAAUGCAUGACUGCUGCUUACAACUGUGACAACCACACGGAGUUCAGCUGCAAAACUAACUACCGCUGCAUCCCGCAGUGGGCAGUGUGUAAUGGUUUUGAUGACUGCAGGGACAACAGUGACGAGGAAGGCUGCGAAUCGGUGCCUUGUCAUCCUUCUGGGGAUUUCCGGUGUAGAAAUCACCACUGCAUCCCUCUCCGCUGGAAGUGCGAUGGCAUUGACGACUGUGGAGAUAACUCAGAUGAGGAAAACUGUGUUCCCCGGGCGUGCACAGAGAGCGAGUUCCGUUGUGCUGACCAGCAAUGUAUCCCCUCUCGAUGGGUCUGUGACCAAGAAAAUGACUGUGGAGACAACUCGGAUGAAAGGGACUGUGAGAUGAAGACCUGCCACCCUGAACACUUUCAGUGUACGAGUGGACACUGUGUGCCCAAGGCGUUGGCAUGCGAUGGGAGAGCAGACUGUCUGGACGCUUCUGAUGAGUCCGCGUGUCCUACUCGCUUUCCCAACGGCACCUACUGCCCAGCUGCCAUGUUCGAGUGUAAAAACCACGUGUGCAUCCAGUCAUUUUGGAUAUGUGAUGGGGAGAACGACUGUGUCGACGGUUCUGAUGAGGAGAUUCAUCUGUGCUUCACUGUUCCGUGUGAAUCACCACACCGUUUUCGGUGUGACAACAGUCGGUGUAUUUAUGGCCACCAGCUGUGCAAUGGCCUGGAUGACUGUGGAGAUGGAAGCGAUGAGAAAGAGGAACACUGUAGAAAGCCAACGCACAAACCCUGCACAGACACGGAAUACAAGUGUGGCAAUGGGAACUGUGUUUCGCAGCACUACGUGUGCGAUAACGUGGAUGACUGUGGAGACCUUUCUGAUGAGACCGGUUGCAAUCUAGGAGAGAAUAGAACAUGUGCUGAAAACUUAUGUGAACAGAACUGUACCCAGUUAAGCAGUGGAGGAUUUAUCUGCUCCUGCCGACGUGGGUUCAAACCUAGUACUUUGGACAAAAAUUCCUGUCAAGACAUCAAUGAAUGUGAAGAGUUUGGCAUCUGCCCCCAGAGCUGUCGAAACAGCAAAGGAAGUUAUGAAUGUUUCUGUGUCGAUGGCUUCAAGUCUAUGAGUACCCAUUAUGGAGAACGGUGUGCAGCUGAUGGAAGCCCUCCUCUCUUGCUCCUGCCUGAAAAUGUCCGGAUCCGGAAGUACAAUAUCUCGUCUGAGAAGUUCUCAGAGUAUCUGGAGGAGGAGGAGCAUAUCCAAACGAUUGACUACGCCUGGGAUCCCGAGGGCAUAGGCCUCAGUAUUGUCUAUUACACUGUGCUGGCACAGGGCUCUCAAUUCGGUUCGAUCAAACGUGCCUACAUCCCUGACUUUGAAUCUGGAAGCAACAAUCCCAUACGUGAAGUUGACCUGGGCCUGAAAUAUUUAAUGCAGCCGGAUGGAUUAGCCGUGGACUGGGUUGGAAGGCACAUUUACUGGUCAGAUGCUAAAAGCCAGCGGAUUGAGGUGGCUACCCUUGAUGGAAGAUACCGGAAGUGGCUGAUCACCACCCAACUGGAUCAGCCAGCUGCUCUUGCUAUGAAUCCUAAGCUAGGGCUCAUGUUCUGGACUGACCAGGGAACGCAGCCUAAAAUUGAGUCUGCCUGGAUGAAUGGGGAACAUCGCAGUGUUCUGGCCUCUGAGAACCUCGGCUGGCCGAAUGGUCUUUCCAUAGAUUAUCUGAAUGAUGACCGCAUCUAUUGGAGUGACUCCAAAGAGGACGUUAUUGAAAGCAUAAAAUACGAUGGUACUGACAGGAGACUCAUCAUAAAUGAAGCAAUGAAGCCCUUCAGUCUGGACAUCUUUGAAGACCAGCUCUACUGGGUAGCUAAGGAAAAGGGGGAAGUGUGGCGACAAAAUAAAUUCGGGAAAGGGAACAAAGAGAAAGUGCUGGUGGUAAACCCCUGGCUCACUCAGGUCCGAAUCUUCCAUCAACUGAGAUACAAUCAGUCAGUGUCCAACCCUUGCAAGCAGGUCUGUAGCCACCUCUGCCUGCUGAGACCAGGAGGCUACAGCUGUGCCUGUCCCCAGGGCUCCAACUUUGUAACUGGCAGCACUGUUGAGUGUGAUGCAGCCAGCGAACUUCCCAUCACCAUGCCUCCCCCAUGCAGGUGCAUGCACGGAGGAAGUUGCUAUUUUGAUGAGAAUGAGCUCCCCAAAUGCAAGUGUUCUAGCGGCUACAGCGGAGAUUACUGUGAGGUUGGACUCUCGCGAGGCAUCCCUCCAGGGACGACAAUGGCUGUUCUGUUGACAUUCGCGAUGGUCAUCAUUGUUGGAGCUCUGGUACUCGUUGGCUUCUUCCACUACAGGAAAACUGGCUCUCUUUUACCAACUCUGCCCAAGCUGCCAAGCUUAAGCAGCCUUGCCAAACCCUCUGAAAAUGGAAACGGGGUGACUUUCAGAUCAGGGGCUGAUGUGAACAUGGACAUUGGCGUGUCUCCUUUUGGCCCUGAGACAAUUAUUGACAGAUCCAUGGCGAUGAAUGAACACUUCGUCAUGGAGGUAGGCAAGCAGCCUGUGAUAUUUGAAAACCCAAUGUAUGCAGCCAAGGACAAUACUUCCAAAGUGGCCAUGGCAGUGCAGGGGCCAUCAGUAUGCUCACAGGUGACUGUACCGGAAAAUGUGGAAAACCAGAAUUAUGGAAGGCCCAUAGAUCCUUCUGAGAUAGUUCCAGAGCCAAAGCCAGCCUCCCCUGGAGCUGAUGAAACUCAGGGCACAAAAUGGAACAUCUUCAAACGAAGACCCAAGCAGACGACGAACUUUGAAAACCCGAUCUACGCAGAGAUGGACAGCGAGCAAAAGGAUUCUGCGGCUGUGGCCCCGCCUCCAUCUCCUUCUCCUCCUGCUAAAGCUUCAAAGAGAAACUCAGCUCCAGGCUACACUGCCACAGAAGACACCUUUAAAGACACUGCAAAUCUUGUGAAAGAAGAUUCCGAUGUAUAGCCUUGCCAGCUCUCUAGGGGAACAUUUAGACACUCACUUUUGCACAUAUAUUUUUUACAGACAAAUGAAAAAGAAGUUAACGUUCAAUACUUUAUAAAAAAAUAUAUUUUUCUCUGUUUGCCUAUAAUUGAAGGUGUGUCGUGUGUCUUUUUUACUGUUGACAUUUCAUAUUUUUACAAUUAUCACGAGGUACUGUGUAUAUCUUGCACUGAUGUUGUCUGGAGGUGAUGCUGCGAAUAUAUUGUAGUUGUGUAAAUUUUGGAUAGAUGAUCACAGCUCUGCCUCUGCUAAUGAAAGCACCUGUUGAGUGGGUCCCUGAGCAGAGGAGUAAGUAGUCUAGUGAGGAAAGGGGUUGGCUUAGGGCUCGGCUCUGUCUAAAGAGGGGAUAGCACUCAGGAUUCCUUUGAAACAAUCUAGGAAGAAAGUCCUCUAAACUUCAUUUGUGGGUCCAUUUUUACACAUCAGCACAUUAAUUAAUAAUCAAUGUUCAACAUGAUAUGUCGAUUGGCACAUGUACCGACAGGGCCCAGUGCUGGCUUCAUACACUGUAGACACUUCAGACAACAUAGAAGAUACACAAGGUGAUUCAACUGGACCCUUCUGCACGCCUCCCGUCUUCUAACCCCGGCUGUGUUUGCAUUGUGCCGUGUCCCUUGCCAUGUCAGCGUCUGUACCUGCCGUGUCACGUCCCACACUGAGUUUCUAUUUCACCGCAUGAGCUCUUGCUCGACGGACCUUAAAUCAACUUACGCCCUUGCCUGGCAUCUCAGGCGUUCCCUACCUUAGUGACUGGAAUUCUGGAGCUGACUUACUAAAACCAAGCCCGUGUCUCCAUUAAGCAGGGUGCCAAACAGAUACCAGUCAAUCAAAGCCUCAGCUGGGUGUUUGACUCUGGGUGCAAAAUGUUAUUGUAUUGACUAUUUAUUUCCUCAGUUGAUGGCAAAUAGAAAGGGAAAACAUUCUUACUGAGCCUUUUUUCAGGUCUUAACCUACAAAUCUGUACAUUUGUGUCAGGAUGCACUGUAUGUCCUAGCUCUCCUUUUGAGCAGUUCUCUAUCACGGGAACCAUGGCAUGAGUGUACGUUUUCCAUAGCAAGUAGCAUUCCCGGUUCUCUGUGCUAAUAUUGCAUGUAUUAAUGAAUGAAUGGAAGGGUGGGAGAGUGGAUGAAUGAAAUAUACUACUGAUUAUUUUAUUCUCGAGUCCUCGAAAUAUCUCGUUGCUCAUAUUUUGAGUACCAAUUGUAAUUACUUUGAUUAGAAAUUUAAAAAAGAAAAAUGCUACUGGAAAUGAUGCUGCUGGAA